AUGGUGAAAGUAACUUUACGGGGUCGCCAGCUAGUAGGAGGGCUUUAUGGAGCAGAAAAACGACAAAGCGAGAAAAAUUAUUUUCCACUCCAGAAAUUAAUGAUCAUGAGUUCGUAUUUGAUGGACUCUAACUACAUCGAUCCGAAAUUUCCUCCAUGCGAGGAAUAUUCGCAAAAUAACUAUAUCCCAGAUCACAGUCCGGAAUAUUAUAGCCGGUCCAGGGACCCUGGAUUCCAGCAUCACCACCAGGAACUGUACCCUCCAAGAACAGGCUACACUGAGCGCCAGUACAGCUGUGCCAGCAUCCAGGGUCCAGGCAACCCUGUCACACACACAAGGGUCCAUGGACAACCACCUCAAAGCAACCACCUUGUAGGCAAAUCCCAGAUCUGUGAGCUUCCAACACCAUCUUUACCCAACACCUCCACCACUCCUAGCCCUGCACCCCCAGCCUGCAACCAGCCUAAUCCUGAGCAUCCUACCAGCACAGCCACCAAACAGCCCAUAGUGUACCCCUGGAUGAAGAAAAUACACGUCAGUACUGUGAACCCCAAUUACACUGGAGGGGAACCCAAGAGGUCCAGAACUGCUUACACCAGGCAGCAAGUAUUGGAACUGGAGAAAGAAUUUCAUUAUAACAGAUAUCUGACCAGGCGAAGGCGCAUUGAGAUAGCCCACUCCUUGUGUCUCUCGGAAAGGCAGAUCAAGAUCUGGUUUCAAAACAGGAGAAUGAAAUGGAAAAAAGACCACAGGUUACCUAACACUAAAGUCAGAUCCAGCGCCUCUUCCAACGCCUCUAAUAACAUCAUUGCUUCCAAUUCUGCUCCCAGCGAGGAUAUAACGCAAAGCUCAACUCAGGAUCAGCGAGAGGAUAUUACAAGGUUAUAAACCCCCACAAAUGACUCGAUAUUUAUAGAAUCUAAUGAUAAUUAUAAUAUUAUUAUUAAUAAUAAUAUAUAUAUAUUUUGGUUCUUGUAGUUUUUUUUUUUUUCCUUGUGCGUUGGAGAAUUGAGAGCUCUUUUGGACCUACAAAGAGGCUUUAAAUGCAUGUUACAGUGCAUGGGAUCAGGCUUUAUGUCCAGUGUUGUUUUAUGUUUCCUGUUUGUUUUUUGGACACUUAAUUUAUUUGGAAGGGAGAUGUUUUGUUUCCAGUGAUUUCCUAAAAAUAAAAAUAAUACAGGGUUCCAGUUUUGUCCUUUGCCUACGUGUUGACAAUGGUAGAACAAAGCCAAUCACCUUGAAGGUGGAACUGAUAUUUUUGUUCUUUUUUUUUCUUUUCUUUUUUGUAUAAACUAUCAUUAUGAUGUGACGAGCUUAUUUAAGGAUCGCAGCCCCUGAAAUAGACAUUGCCAUAAUGUGAAGCUAUUGACAAGAAUGUUUGGGAGCCGAUAGAUGAUAGAUCCCAUUUGUUGUGGACACUGUGUGUUUUUUUUAUUAUUUUAUUUUUAAUGUUAUUUUCAUUUUUAUUUUAUUUUAUUUUGGUCGAGACAUACAAUGUAAAAAUGCUGUAAACAGUCCUAGUGUAAUGUGACCGUCUGUUUGUUCAAUAAAACAGUGAGUGUGGUUUAGUUUAUCCUGGCAAUUGUUUAUUUUACCUGUGUAUGCAACACUGUAGUAUUAUAUUAUAAUAGCUGUACUGCCAUAGGAAUUGUAUGCCUUCUAUUCUGUGUCACCAAUUUCAUAUCUGAUAAGAGUCUUAUAGUUUCUAUAGUCGUGUAUGGUCAUAGUGUAUCCAUGUUGUGGUGUUUACAUGGGGCUGAUAGCUAAGAUACAGUAGUAUUUUUAUAUCUAUAAUGCUGGAGACUAUGGGAUUGUGCCCAUCCUCCUACAUGAGAUGCCUAUGACACAGUAACAUACCCUGAUUUUGCUGCUUAACCUGGUUGUUUAUUAAAGCCCUGGCAGAGCUGUGUAAGGCAUCUCUUCAAUGUAAAUAGUAAUGACCCCUCUGUGAUCUGAGAUCUCACUGCAAGGGCCUAAAGGUUUUCUAUUUCAGCUAUUUUGCGUGUUCUGUCCUAUCUUUUGUAGCAGAAGAAUGUCAAAUUGCAGGUAGGCCCAUUCCCUUUCAGGCAGCAUGACACAAAGCAGGCUCCAAUCAUUGUGUAGAAGGCUGGUAUACUUAUCACUGUACAGAACAAAAAAAACAUGCAGCCAUUGUGGUUAUCUUGUAUCACUUAACUUUCCUUAAAUCUACAUUGUAGUCAACAUACAUGAUACACCAGAGAAAUGCUACUUGUGUAUAAUUUUUAUUUAUUUAUUGAUUGAUGUAUUUAUUUAUUUAUUAUAUUU